UGUAUAUGCAUACAUGUUGCAGAAACCCUCCACAAAUCAUCUAAAUUUGUUAUCUUUGCAAUCUGUAAAGAUGGAUACAAUAGUUGCAAAUGAACGAUAUGGAUCUGAAGAUACUCGAAGGUCAUUUAUACGCCGCCCAAAUGAUCGCCUGGAGAUUUUAGAUCGGUCUGAAAAAUACACGUCACUGAACCAUUUCUUCAAGACGGUUUUCCUACCCCAGGGUUACCCAGAGAGUGUCAGUGAUGACUACUUCUCUUAUCAGUUAUGGGAUACUGUCCAGGCUUUUGCCAGCAGUAUCACAGGCACAUUGGCAACACAAGCGGUCCUCAAGGGUAUAGGUGUAGGUGACGAAACUGCCACUCCGAUGGCUGCUACUAUUACUUGGAUAUUGAAAGAUGGAACUGGAAUGCUGGGAAGAAUUGCAUUUGCAUGGUACAAAGGGACUGGUUUGGAUUGUGAUGCUAAGCGAUGGAGGUUGUUUGCAGAUCUGCUGAAUGACUUUGCCAUUUUCCUUGAGAUUCUAGCUCCAUUCUUCAAGGUUUACUUCACUUUCAUAGUGUGUGUAUCAGGAGUGGGUAAGUCAAUUGUAGGUGUAGCAGGGGGAGCAACAAGAGCAGCGCUCACCCAGCAUCAGGCAAGAAGGAACAACAUGGCUGAUGUGUCGGCCAAGGAUGGGAGUCAAGAAACGCUAGUCAAUUUAGCAGCGUUGAUUUGCAGCUUGCUGAUUAUCCCAGUAGUAUCAGGGAAUCAAGUCCUGACUUGGAUACUCUUCAUUCUGUUUACUUCCCUCCACAUAUUCGCAAACUAUUCUGCAGUUACGGCCGUUGUCAUGGAAACAUUAAAUCAGUCACGAUUGAACAUCCUUGUAAAACAUUACUUAAGUUGUGGUGGUGCCAUUUUGUCUGUGAACAAAGUCAACAAACAAGAACCAGUUGUAAUAGCUACUAAAAGAAAAUUGGAAAUCAACCUUGGUGCUAGAUUCCAUGCAGUCAUAAAAAAUUUUGAAGAUCUGUGGACGCUACAAAACAUUUUUGCUGAAGAGAAAUACAUCAUCAAUAUAGAUCUGAAAUCUGAUGUCCUUGGUAUUCUCCUCCAUGAGGAUUCAAAGAUAGAGGACCACAUAAAAUGUUGCUUCCAAGCUGAGGUUCUCAACUUUGCAGCUGAAUAUUGUUCAAGCAGUUAUGAUCAUGAGAUGCUGGAGAACCGUUCCCUUCAGUGCAUGAUCAAAGCUGUAUCACUUGGUGACAGAGUCGGCUUACUGGAGAACUCGAUCCUCUUCACCAACCAGCACUACAAUCGAUUCGUCCAGGCAUUGACAGCAGAAGGUUGGGCGAUGUCCCCAUCGUUAAUGGGAGCAAAUGAAUGGAGGUCGGCAUGGAAUGUCCAUGGGCUGUAUGAAGAAGAUAAAAAGACAUUCUGACUGCCUGAUGUAAAAGUACAUCAGAUAUGAAAAUGUAGGAUGAUUUCAUAUUAUACAAAUAUGUUCUCUUGCUUCCUGUCAAGUUUGUUGUCCUUGUGUCAGACUGGGUGAUAGGAUUUUGAAAAUUGUAAUGUUCUUGUACUUACUUGGAGACAUUCAUAUUACCAUUAAAUGUAAUCAUUGAAUCUAUUGUCCUUUGAUUUUAGCCCUAAAAAUGUUCCAUGUAUGUUAAGAUGCUGAUUUUGUUUGUUCAGAGAAUU